CAGAAUUUAAGAUGCGGAGCCGGGCAGCCCUCUCAGGUCCCCGCCUCCGCCCCCCUCCCCCCCAAGUAAAGACAACUGAAAACCACCAGCCGGGUAUGGGGGGGAAGAACAUUCUUCCCCUCAUUCCGCAGACAAAUCUCGAGGGAAACGGAAACUGGGGUGCUGCAGGACUGUGUGCCGUCGGGCAUCAAGCGCCCUACUGCAGCCACCUGUCCAGCUCCCUUCUCUGCCCUUCACCCUCCCAGGCACUAAACGCACGGUUCGGGGACCGGAGGCAGUUAUUUCCCCGGCCUGUCAUCCCUGGAUGCAAAGCUUUGGUUUUAAACGUAUUUCCACCCGUACUUAAGACGAUGAAAGAUCAGGAAUUCGCUCUAUGCACUUAAACGUUGCUCUUAAUAAGCAGAGUGUGCGGAAGCUCACGCCCGGCCUGUUUAAGGAAGACAGACACAUAAAACACACCCGAGCUGUGGGUAUAAACCUGCUCUCGGGGUCGUCUUGUUGCUCUUGAGGAUCAGUAGGGCUGCAAAAGCAGGGACACAUCCGGCAGCAUCUCGAAACGUGCCACUUUUUUUCCCUCCUAAAUCAAAGCCAUUGGAGGGCAUGCUCCCCAGCCAGGGCCGGCGAGCGGCCCCCGAAAUUACGACGCUCUGUUUCUCAUUGGGAAAUUCCCCGAUGGGGGAUAAUGGCUGGAAGUCGCAGCGGAGCAGCGCGUCGCUCCCCCUUGCUCCGCUAACCGGGCUUACUGCGGGAGCACAAGCCAAAGGAGCCCUGGCUUUCCGUAGCACGGCUAGUACGUGCUCUCGAAAUUACUGAAUUAGAUGGCCACAACGCCUCUUAAUAAAGCUCCUUAGAAACCGCGACGGAGAGCAGACUUUGCACUCUGGAAUUUGCUAAUUCCUUCAACAUCCCCCCCUCCCCGUCCGGAGAGGCACAAACAAAUGACAAAGGGGGGAGCUGGGCUUUAUUUAGCCACCCGUAGACGCUAACCGGCGUUUCAUUCACGGCUCAGAGGCGGCACGGGAAGAACGGGGGGCCGACGGCUCCCAUGGGGUGCCUGCCAGCCUCUUUCCCUCGUCCGAAACGGCCCGACAUUGAGUCCUUUAGGAUUGUAGGGUGCGAGGCUAGCUGGGCUGUUUUCUACCAAACACCGGGGAAGAAAGGAAGGAAGCAGAGCGGGGUGUCAGGCCUCCUCUCCCCAUGUCUCCAAGAAGAGCGACAGGAACACCCGGCGCACACCGCACCGCACGGUCCCGAGUCCUCAUGGUCCCAGCUGGGGAGCAGGGGGGUUCCGGCUCUGCUUGGGGCAGGUUGGGCUCGAACAGGUCUCCCCCCACUCUCCCCGGUCCCGGGAGAAGACGGAUGGCCUCCUUGCGAAGCCACCGCGCCUUUUUUUCCCAGCCUGCUUCCCAACCCCCAGAAAACUCCAAUCAAAAUAAUAACACCACCACCCACAGUAUGUUUUUCUCCCCGAGGCCGUGCCUGGGCACCGACAGGAGCGCCGUGCCGAGGGGCCUACCCCUGGGGCCGGCCCGGCUGCCUGCCGGGGCAGCAGACACUGGGUACAGCGGAAACGAGCGGAGACCGCUUUCCUCGGGAAAGUCCCCUAGAGAAGAUGGAGCUGAACCUGCCGCAAAGGAGGAGCGGGGAGAAGAGAGGGAUUAACCGCACAGCUCUGAUACCCCCCUCACCCACCUCGCCCCGCUGCCACCCCGGCACAACUGCCAGCUGGGGUCCCCGCAUAGCCCUCACCACCGGCCGCGGCUCCCGGAGGCUGGGAGGGGGGAGAGGCUCGUUUUCCCACGUGCGGCUGCAACAAGCUGUUCUCUGCCUUAGGCCUCUCAGGAUCAGGGCUGCUCCUUGCAGCCCGCCCGACAGCCCUGUGUCAUGCCUUGGCUUUCGGGCAGCGAGCGCAGCGCUGCCGCCUCUGCCCCGACAAGCCGGCUCCCUUCCACUCACGGCGGCUUUUACCUCGCUAGCACCCCUGCAAGCACCCUGCUUCAGAUGCUGGCUUGUCUCGGAUUAUGUGUUCCCCCUCCCCCAGACCCCUUUGGGGCCGCUGGGCUGCCCCAUGCCUCCAGUACGGGCCGGGCGGGAGGCGGACAGCCCCUUCCCGAGGAGCCGGGGUGGUUACCUUCGGGGAAGACUGCUCGCAUUUUCAGGUAGCUGGUGGUGAGGCGGAUAAUGGAUGCCUUGUCCAGCUGGGAGGUAAUGGCCGAGGGCAGAGGCAGGAGUUUGGCCAGUUCGUAGAAUUCUCCAUUUUCUUUUUCCCGUCUA